AUGAAUAUUUUUUGGGUAUUAUCCCUCUUUCUUUCCACAGUAGGUGGCGUUCUUAUGCUAUUAUAUGCUCUUCCUCUUAAAAAUUCAUGGAUCACAAAAUUAUCCAAACUUUUAUACAGAUUCAGAGCAUUUCUAUUUUGCAGCGCCGGAAUCUAUGUUUUUCUAAUUAUCCAAGAAUUCAGCUCCAUGAAACACGAAAGCAUGCAUAAGAAAGAUAUGGAAGGCAAUGGCGCUGAAUUUAGCCGUAGAUCUGCCAAUUUAUUCAGAAACCAAAGAAACUUGUACAUUGUUCUCAUUGGCCUCUCCAUACAGCUUGGAUUGCUCAUUUUUAUUUGGCAAUCACAUUCAAUGGCAAAAAGAUACAAAAAUCUUGUUCGCCAAAUCAGAGAAUCGCAAAACGAGCAUCAUGAUUAA